AGCUAAGGCUGCUGCAGACUGAUUUGAAUUUUAAAUAAUAUGAACGAAAUAUAGGCGAUUAUCCUGCAAUUGUAUCAAGUCUCCCGAAUAAAAUGAAAUUGCCUGUAUUUUUAGCAUAUCUUCUAACAACUUGGUGUUUAUUUCUGCUUCUCUAAUUUCAUUAGUCUUUGAGAAAACGAAAUUUGAACUACAGUUUAAUGUUCCAGUUCGAUAGUCCUUUCAUUAUCCCCAAUUAAUGUUAAUUGCAUGCAUAAAAUUGAAGUGGCCAAAAAUCGAAUAAUUUUAUUUUUAUUUUUAAUCAAGUUAAAUAGUGGAAAUAAUUGAUUUGUACUUGAACUUUAUUAUCAACUAUUUCCUCUUUGUGAUGUUUGAGCAAAGAAAUCCUGUUUGGAACUCAACCGCUGUUUGGGAUCCCAACACAUGAUUUGUUUGAAAGCGUGUUUGAACUAUGCUCAAACUAACUUCGUUUCCAAUCUUAUUGCUAGAUUUUCAAACCGCAAACAGGAUUCCAAAUCCAACUUUCUGGAUCCGUUAAAAUUUUAUCUGAAAGCAUCUCAAAAUUGUUUCAAUUCCAGUUUUGAAGAGAACUUAGAGGAUAAAAAAAUGACCAAAUCGACCGAAAUACCAGAGGAAAUCAGGAAAGAGCUAUUAGAACUAAGAAAAGAAAAUGAAAAUUUGAAAAAAUCAAUAAUUGAGAGGUCUUCCACUGCUAAUCAACUAUCUUUAGAAGAAUUUCGCAGAUAUGGAAGACAAAUGCUAGUUCCUGAGUUUGGUGGUGUUGAUUCCCAAAUCGCUUUGAAAAAUUCAAAGGUUUUAGUUGUUGGUGCUGGUGGUCUUGGAUGCCCUGCUCUAUUGUAUUUAACUGCGUCAGGAGUAGGUACAAUUGGCAUCAUUGACUAUGAUACUGUUGAUAUCACAAAUUUGCAUCGCCAGGUUCUACACUCUACUGAUCAAGUGGGAAACUUCAAAGUGGAUUCUGCCAAAAGCUAUUUAUCUUCCUUAAAUCCAAAUGUGAAUUUAAUAACGUAUCGUGAAUUUUUAACCAAUUUCAAUGCCUUCGAGGUCAUUGAGAAAUAUGAUCUAAUUUUGGAUUGCACCGAUACUCCAAUGCUUAGAUAUUUGAUAAACGAUGCUUCUGUUCUUUUAGGAAAAACCAUAGUAUCUGGAUCUGGAUUAAAAACAGAAGGUCAGUUAUCUGUUUUGAAUUUUAAAAACAGUGGCCCAUGUUAUAGGUGUUUUUAUCCAAAGCCUCCUCCAGCAAAUAGUGUUACUUCUUGUCAGGAUGGUGGAGUAAUAGGACCUUGUAUUGGAUUAGUUGGAACAAUGAUGGCAGUUGAAGCUAUAAAGGUGUUGGCUAACAGUUAUACGUUGGAAAAUUUCAAGCCAUUUUUAACAAUUUACAGUGGUUAUUCUGCUGUGUCUCAGUCACUAAGAACAUUUAAAAUGAGGGGGAAAAAGUUAAACUGUGAAGUGUGUGGUGAAAAUCCACUGAUUUCAAAGGAUACAAUUCAAAGUGGAUUACUUGAUUACAAUUUAUUUUGUGGGCAUCCUGACUAUGAUGUUGUGGGACCUGAAGAGAGAAUUUCAGUGAGUGAUUACAAUAAAAACAUUAUUCAGAACAAGAUUGACCAUCUUCUAUUAGAUGUGAGACCCAAUGUACAUUGGAAUAUCAGCAAUCUCAAGGGUUCGAUCCACAUUCCUUUGGAAGUUCUCAAUAGCAUGAUUUCUAUAGAUCAAUUGGCUGAAAAGAUUAACAGUUCCAGCCGUGAUAAUUCAGGAAACCAGCAGAUAACCAAUGAAGAUUUGAUUCACAAAAAGAUUUAUUGCAUUUGUCGUUUUGGAAAUGACUCUCGUUUGGCAACAAAACUCUUAAAAGAUAGGUUCAAAUUGACUGAAGUUUGGGAUAUUAUUGGCGGGCUCAAAGACUGGUCUGAAGAAAUUGAUAGCAGUUUCCCAAGAUAUUGGUAGUUUUUGUGAUUUGUGAAAAGUUAAUUUUUAUUUGGUUGAAACUAAAUAUAAUAUAUAUAAAAAAAAAAAAAAUCAAAAUUUGAUUCAAAAGAAGAUAAAAAUUAAAUAAAAAAAACAACAAACUAUCCAGGGUCUAAUCAUGAUAAGAAGAUAGACAGAAAAAAAAGGAAAAAAAAGAGUUUACCGGUGAGAAUAAAAGGAAAUGAAUGUAUGAAGA